CAAUCAGAUCGCAGCUUUCUAUGACCUCGUGGCCCAAGCCACGUGGUUGAGAUUGUGCAAAGAAGACCCGAAACUCAAGUACAAGAGGCAAUACAGAAUAGUUAGCAGCCAUGGAUCCACAGGAAAGCAUUGGAAAACAAAGCCUUGAAGAAUUCUGGGGAGCGGAGCUCUCCUCUAAACAGAAAAAGAUCACAUGGCAGGAUGAAGAUGAUGACGAAGAUGAAGAUAUGGCAGGCAUUGUCAUAGACAAAACUCUAGAGCUCAGACAAGCAUGUCUUGGUGCGUCUGCUAAGGAUGGAGAGAGAAAUGUAGUUCAAGUGGUAGCCGAGAAUGAUGAGGGUGAGAAGGUAAAGCACACCAUCCUCUCUCUGAGGGUCGGAGGCACAGAGCAGUGCUCUCUCUUCCUCUCACUCAACCCACCCAUCACUUUUGAGCUCGUUUCAGGAUCCGGUCCAGUGCACAUUGUGGGAUCGUGUGUUGAGACAAUGAACACCUUUGAUGACCUUGAUGAUACAUCAUCAUCCGAAGAUGAUGAGGAUGUGGAAGUUCCCAGUCUCGAGGUAAAGGCUCUCGUCAACUCAGCCAAAAAGAAGAGACCUGCCGACUCUCCAGUUGCAAAGCCUGCAAAGCAAAUGAAGUUAGAGAAAUCGUCUGAUGAAUCUACCGCUGAUAAUAGCAUGGACACAUCUGGAAGCAUUGCCAAGCGUAAUAAGAAAAGACAUGUUAUCCAAGAAGAGCCUGAGGAAUCAGACGACGACGAUGAUGAUGACCUGUCUGAUGAUGAUGAUGUUGACAUGUCUGAUGACGAUGAGGUGUCAGACGAUGAGGAAGAGGUAGAAGAUGUAAAACCCCCCACCAAAAAGCCUCAGGCAAAGUCUAAUGGAAAGCCUAAUAAUAAUAAUGGAAAGCCGAAACAGAAGGGGCAAGAUCUCCUUAAGAGCAAGGUGUUUAAGACCCCUCAGCCUCCCAAGCAGGCGCCCAAAAGCACCAAGGGGACCAUGUCAGCUCCCACCACGCCAAAGCAGAAAGGAAAUGUCAAGGUUGGUGUUAGUCUUGAUGAUGCAAAGAAGAAGCUACUAAAGCAACUGCCUAAUGUACCCAAUAAACUGGAAAAGUUCAAUAAUUUUGUAGGCAACAGUUUCAAGAUCAAGGAAGAAAGUGUAAAGAAAGAGCUAUGGGAAUUUGUGCAAAAGAGCCGGUAAACAAAACUGAACAAUGUUUAAUGUUUGUACAAUCAAUCUCGCAUUGUUUGAAUCUUUAAUAACCGUUACAUGCUACUAUUUAAUUCAUGUUUACUAGGUAUUACUAAUCUAAGAAUAUUUUUCGAAUCAGCAGAAA